AUAUCCGAAGCAAAGUAUAGCAUUAAGUAUUGCAUUAGUCAACUGAUUGGUAGGAGGAGCUGAACAAUCACCARUCAAAAAGUGAAAUCUUGGAGUCAUGAAGUUGGCUCUGACCGUGGCCUUAUUGGUAUUGCUUAUCUGCAUUGCAACAGAAGCCAAGAGACACAAUAACAAAGCCCCAAAGUUUGCCGAUACCGUUAGAGAGAAGGGAAAGAAUAAUACUCUCACACGUGGAGGCUUUAUAAGUUUUGAUGAUGAUGAUGGAGAUGAUGAUAGUUCAGAAGACGGUCCAGAGCUGUCUUCCCGUGAAAGAGCGGAAAAACUGAAGAUUCUCACUAUGGAAGGAAAACCAGGCUGGCUGGAAUUGGUAAAGAAAAAGGGAAAGGAAACAGCAAAGAAAAUUAAAAAGGAAAUGGAAGAAAAGAAAAUCGGGAAACCAAGUGAUUUAGCGAAGAACGUUCAGUAUGACUCAAAUCCUCCAAGUAAGCUAAUAUCAGAUGUAAAGAACAAACUGGCAGGUUUUACUGGUCCACUUGCAACACGUGUUAAAACUAAGGUCACCGAGCUUAAUACAAAAUGGAAAACUAUGAAGGACUCUGAUAGACAAAGCAUCAUGGGUACUCUCGGUGUUGUAGCAUCAAACAUUGAGAAAUUUGGCGAUGCAGGAAGCAAUCCAAUCGGCGCUGUCCAAGGAGCUGUGAACAUCAUUGGUGCAGUAGCUACCUUUUUUGGCCCAGUUGGUCAGUUAGCAAGUAUUGGUUUAAGCUUCGUCUCUAGUCUAUUGGGAUUAUUUGGUCAAGGUCCUAAGCCGAGGCCAAUAGGUGAAAUUGUAAGAGAACAAAUUGAUGAAGCGUUGGAAAAGUACCGGGAUGAGAGCCUGACUGACAAAGCAAGUGGACUAAUCAAGGCGUUUAGAGGCUCUAAAUCGUACCUAGAUGGAGCCGCUGAAUCGGGAAAACUUCUCUCAAAAGAAGAAAUGAUCGUAGCUUCAGCCCGUGUGCCUAUGACGCAGGGUUCUGAGUUCAUUGGCGAGUUGACCACAGUCAUUGAAAAGAUUUUUAAGAACUCUAAACCCAGUGAAGCUCAGAAAUGCAUUAAAUACUGCGAACUCUUUGCACAACUCGCUGGACUGAAGGACAUGAUUCUUACUCAGAUGAUAUCAUUGGCGGGUAACGAGAUGGAGAAUGACGUCAGAGGUUUGAUGUCCUACCACCGAGAUUUUCGCGAGGCUGCAAGAGUUUUACUUGAGCCACUCUUUACGAUAAAGUUUGGACAAAAGGUUUUGCCAUACUUUGAUCCAGACAUUAGUGUCAUCACUGACUCGUACGCCACCUCGGUGUUGGACCUUGGAAAGUACGAUCGCUCAAGAGCAGGAAUGUACUGUCUGAUGACCCAGAGUGGUGGUAAGUUUAAAGACCUGGUGUGGUCCGCAGAGAAAGAGCAUUUCCACGUAACUGGAAAGCCAUAUACUACACUCGCUUCCGAGAAUAACAACAAUUGCUACUGGAAGCUUGUGCCUCACGGAAAUCAUAUCUUCAGUAUUGUCAACAAAAAGGGAUGCGAUUCAACACCUCCAGGUCAUUGGUGUGGAUCGGUAUUAUCCUUUGACAUCCUUGAAGAUGGAGGAAUUGUUAACAUUGAACCUACUGAUGGAAUCAUGUGGACGAUUUAUGGAUCUCAGUGGACCAUGUAA